GCAACGAUUUAAAGAUAAUUGUGAAUGCUCCUCUAUAGGAAUCCGUGUUUAAUUAUUUUUUGGAUGACAGUCUAAUGCAGUUUCCGGUCUUUAAUGACCCUGUAAAUGACUGAGUUACGGCUUAGUGUCAUGUAGCUUCGCAACGGUCGGUUGAUUCGAACUGCUGCAAACAUGAAGUACUUUAGUUCAAGCUUAAACAGAAUGAGCAGCUGUUUUCAAAUGGACUGCUCUUUGGUUGAUAGAAAAUACCCUGAUAACUGAUCACAGCGCAUGAAAUCAUAUUCACCUCCAUUGUAAUUGUGCGAAUUUGCAACGAUUUAAAGAAAUUAGGCAGAAGUCUUAUUGACAUAUUUUACAACCCUGGAACAAACCCGUGUGUGUAUCUUUUUGAUACUCCAAGAAAGUUGAAAAUUGAAUAGUUUUUGGACCUAUCUCUGGGGAACUAAAAAAGACUCCAAGCAGCAAACUUUGAUGGUUAUGGAGAAUGAUGGACAACCCAACAGCAAAUAAGAGCCACGUACCCUGUCAGUCGUGGGCGGGCCAGAAUGGCUGGUCAACAACUUCAUCUCAAGGAGCCCACAUCAACCCGCUCACCAGCUCUCAGCAUCUCAGACUGGGCAUGGCCUCGAACCAGAGACCCUCCUAUAACCACCUGCAGGCGUCCGAUCAGAGUUGUAUGAGUGAUCUGAGCACCUUACCUUCCAGAAACAGCAUCCAUCACACUCCCCUGUACAGAGCUCCUCAAGUUGGCAGUGUUUCAUCAUCCACCUCACUGUUUGGCAACACUUCUAUCCCGAGUGCGUCUCACGUUACUUCCUUUGCUCAGCAAGGCCCUCACGCUUCAUCAAUGCCGAUAACUGCAAACCAAGGAAAAAACAUGCCCACAUCAUCUCAUCCCCAAACAAACCAAAGACUGCAGCCUUGCAGACCCCAGAAUUUAUCACUUCUAUCGCAGCACGAAGUGUCAUUUCAAACCCCAUUAACCAGUCAAGGUGUACCAAACGGACUACAGGAUCUGACGGUCAGUCUGCCAUCGUAUGGGGAACAUGAGCAGCCUCAGUGGACACCUUCAUCCCAUUGUAGGGGAGCUGUAAACGAGUCUGUGCCAGAUACAGGUGUCCAUUCUGACAAAGAGCCAUUACAAGAGGGGAAUAUUCUCCCAAUGAUGAGCAAUGAUGGACGACGUUCAGUACUUUUACAUCAGCGUGCACAACUGCUUAAACAACUGGCAGAGAUGGAUAAAAUUCUGGACUCAAUACCUCCAGAUGACAGCGGUGAUGGACACUCUGCACACACAGCUGUUCAGUCUUCUCCAUCAAUGGAUGAUUCAUCUCGAUGUGAACAGACGAAAACCAGUGACCCGCACCAAGUUCAGCUGUCUGCUGAGAAGUCACAUCGUUCAGCAGAUUGUUCAUCCCCUCCAUUCUAUGAUGACGAAAAUGAGACCUAUGGUACACUAGAGGAUCCAAUGUCGGCAGAGGAAUCAGUGAAAGAGGAUGAUUCUUCAGCUGAGUCGUGUGAUGACAGCGAUCCCGAUUACUUACCUGACAGUGAUGGUGACUGCCCUGAUCCCCCGUCCAAGACCGAGGACUGUUCCUCAGACGAAAUCAGCCACGGCAGUCCCUCAACCCCCACGGAUGAAACGCCUCCUCGCCCAGGGAAAAAGGGUGGCAAAUCAGAAACUUCUGAGUCUAAGGAAGAAAGUGUCACACCUACAAAAAAGACACGUGAAACCAGUCGGAAGAAGCUUUCAGAAACUCUCAUAAUGCCAUGUUCAAAUUCAAAAACCCAGCGUGUUUAUGACAAGAAGAGCUACUGUUUGUUUUGCACAAAGCCAGUGCUCAAAAUUUCACGUCACCUGGAGAGACUUCACAGCGACAGAGCAGAGGUUGCCGCAAUAUUUCAAUAUCCCAAACAUUCCAGAGAAAGACGAAAGAUAGUGAACAAGCUAAUGAAUCAAGGAAACUUUGAACAUAAUAAAAUUGUUUUGAAAACUGGAAAGGGACAACUGGUUGUACGAAAAAGGCCAAAACAAACUGCACAAGCCCAAGACUAUCUCCACUGUCUUUACUGUCAAGGUCUUUUUGGAAAGAAAGCUUUGUUCAGACACAUGAAGAAAUGCCCGGAGAAAGAGAAAAAUGACAUUGAUACAGACUACAGAAAAAGGCGCAUUGCAUCACGAUGUAUGCUUCAAACUGUCAACUGUGCAGACCUCGGCAUAAAUGAUACCCUUAAGAACAUAAUUGGUGACAUGGUGAACGAUGAAGUGACACAAGCCAUCAUAGACGACAGGAUCAUCUUGCAAUAUGCAGAGCAAAUGUUUGAUAAGUAUGGCCGUGAUGUUAAGAAGCAUCAUUACAUACGACAGAACCUUCGUCAAGUGGGAAGACUUGUGCUCGAGGCUCAGAAGAUAACCCCUAUGCAGAGCUUGGAGGACUUUUUUCACCCCUCAAACUUCCGUCACGUGGUGUCUGCAGUGAACGUCCUGGCAGGCUACGACUCGGAGCACAAAACCUACAGCACGCCUUCACUUGCACUCAAGCUCGGUUACUGCCUGCAGAAGACGUGCGGCAUUGUUGAGGCCAACGCGGUGAAGAGCGGCGAUACAAAAGUGGCAGAGUCUGCAAAGAACUUCAUCUCUGUGUAUCAGAAGAAAUGGAAUAAGCUCAUUUCUUCAGGUGCAUUAUCAGCUCUGAAAGAAACUAAAUCACGCACAGAUAAGGAGGUGCCUUUGGCUGAACAUGUGAAACGCCUGCAGUUCCACCUUGAGAACAGUCAUGUCGCUGCUGAGAAGAAACUCAGAGAGAGCCCUUCAGCAGAUGCCUACGCUGCACUGGCCAAAGUGAUACUGGUUCGGACGAUCAUCUUCAACAGGAGGAAACCUAGAGAGGUUUCAUCAGUUCAUGUAACAGCUUUCAUGUCCCGGAAGAAGUCAGACGUGCCCGAUGACAUGGACGUGUCCGUCUCAGAUUUGGAAAGAACAAUGUGUAGGUUCUUCACUAGAGUUGACAUACGAGGAGACUGCGGGAGAAAAGUCCCUGUUUUACUAAAGCCCUCAUUUAUCUCAGCGUUGGAGCUUCUCGUUAGUGUUCGCGAAGCAUGUGGGAUCCCCAGUAAGAACCCCUUUGUCUUUGGCCGACCAAAUGCUCUGACUGCCUACAGGGGCACAGACUGCAUCCGAAAAUUUGUCAAAGAAUGUGGAGCCCCAAACCCCGAAGCACUGACCUGGAGAAAGAUCCAGAAGCAUUUCUCAACAAUGCUGUUGCUGAUGAACCUGGAUGAAAACGAGGCCGACCAAAUUUUAGGCCCCAAUAAUCAAGUCCAGGUCCUACGACAGAACAGCGAUGCGACGCUGGAUGAUUCUGGAAUGGAGGUUGGAGCGAGAAUACAACCUGGGAGAACAAAACCAGCUGCGUCUUGGGAUCACAGUGGAAGCUCCAGUUCGGGCAACAAAUUUUAUCAUCAACAAGCGUGUGGAGUAACGACAAGCACCAACACAACCACACCUUCCAAAUCUGUCGGAUCAGGACAACAAGGAAAUAAAGACGCCUACUAUAAACCCAAACAGAAAUGGGAGGAAGCAGAGGUUCAAGCGGUUGAAAGACACUUGAUGAGUUUCAUUCGAAGACACAAGGUGCCUCAGAAAGACGACUGCAUCCAGUGUCUGGAGGCCGAGCCUAAAGCGCUGAAGACCCGUUCCUGGAAAGGUGUAAAGGACUACGUCAGAAACAGGAUCACUGCCCUGCUAAGACAAAGUGGUCACUCCCGCAAAGCAUCCAAAAAGACUUAAGACGUGCGGGCAAGGGGAACCCCGGCAGAGAAGUGGAUGUGAUUUGUCGUCGAUUGCUAAACCUGUUUUGUGCAACUUUAGCCACUUCUGUUUACUAAUCGUUCAUGUUCCGUCGACAUUUGUCUUUUAUCUUGUCAUCAGUGUCCACCUCCGUCUUUUUUUGCAACAUUACAAGCAUCAUGGCCAAGAAGAAGCUGAUUUUUGAUCAUUUUGUAUUUUUGCGGUGAAUGGGUUGCAGCUGUUCUCUGUCCCUGCUCUUACUUCUUAUGAUUACAAAUUUUAUUUAGUUUGUUUCAUUUUGUCAAGUUCGUUUUGCAGAGAUGGUUCGGAAACACUUAUGAAUGAUCAUGAGGAUGUUACACAGAUUCCGCCGAUGGCAAAUUGUUGAGAUUGACCAAAUUAUGUGGUGUACAGUCUUUGGUUGCUCGGUUUGGUAUACUGGCAUGUGGUAAUUUGUUCUACUUUACCAAAAAUAAAGUAGCAGGAAUAAAAUUUUAGCAGUUUUUAUGAACAAAAAGAUGAGUCGUGUUAACGCAGUGAGUUGAGCUACUCUAAUUCUGGUAUCUUUGCAUGUAUAAAUCCUACCGGCAGUGGAAGAUGUCUGUUAUUUGGUCAACAGUAGCAGCAGCAGCAAAGACUUCAAUUUUUAGUUGCCUAAAAAUACAAAAGUACUAGCAACGGAAUGCAUUUAAAAUUUCAAAGUAAAAGCAUUCAUUUGGCAGGUGCUUACACUGUUAUAUUGAUAUUUCUUAAAGGCGAUUGGUUCUAAAAACAUGCAAACAAUGUUUGAAUGUUGUAGCUUGUCAAGGAGGACCUAAUAUAUUUAUACCUCUGGGAUUAA